ACCGGGCUGAGCGUCCUCCUCCGAGCGCCGUGUCUCAGAGUUGCAGGUGGGGCAGAGCUGCCCCGCCCGAGAGGGACGCGGGGACAGGGUCCAGGGCAUCAGGGGCUCAUCCCCAGGUCAGUCUCCGGAACUAGGAGGACCUGCGUGGACAGAAUGUGAAGAUCUGAGUUCACAUUUUCACAAGACAACACGAGGCUGGAGUUGAGAGUACAUGCACUCCCCAGUUCACCUCAGUUCCCCUGAGAACACCUAGGCUGUGGGGCAGUGGCCACAUAGCACACCUUGUUCUAUCAAAGGAGAGGAAGUCAGGCUUGUAUUCAGCCUGCAUAACUUCUUUGUUAACUGUCUGAGCUGCAGAAACAUCUGGACUGUCUGACUGUUAACUUUCCCACUGUAAAUGAAAAAUUGGCAUGCUGGGCUCCUCUUUUCAGUUUCUGUGAGCUUGGACAAUGCAGGGCAUCUGCAAGAGCUGGGUCUGCUCGGCAGGCGCCAAUGGAGGCCUGCAGAAAUGGAGGGUGGUGUGAAUUCACCAAGGAGAAGGCCACCAGGAUAAAAAAAUGUCAGUGCUCACUUCUCCAAGAGGAAAGGUAGAAGUGGUUCAUUGCCGAAGAACAGAAUCACAGGAUAUUUAUUGUAUCAAAAACCUCAUUAGAAAGUUUACCCAGAAGCUGUUUGGGAGGCUUAAUAUCAUCUAUCUUCUGGAAAAGGCAAACCUUGCUGUUACCCUCUGCAAUGACAAGGAGGAAAUCAUGGCCCAGGCUACCUUCGUGGACUAUCCCAACUGGAAUGUCUCCAAUCAGGACAACUGGGUAUCCGUGUUCCGGGAGCUUGACAGUGAAAUCCCAUGCACACCUCUGAACACGUUGUUCCUGCACCUCUUUGUGGCCGUGGACGAGUACUCUGUUGGCUGUUGCAGAGAGAUUACUCAGAGCGUGUUUAAGGCAGUGCCGGAGCUGCAUUUCAUAUUCCUCAUUGUGCCAUCCUAUAUGAGCCUAGGCUCAACUCUCAUAACCGUGUUUGAGCAAGUGGGGAACAUUCCAAGUCUGACGUACGAUGAGGACUUCGCUGUGCAUAUAUGUCACAGGCAGAAGCAUUACCCCCAGCUGCACAUCCGCAGGGCCAGGGUAGAAGAUCAUGAUGACCUCAUGCCAAUCUUUCUGCGCCAUGACAUGCUUCUUAAGGAAACUUACGGCGAGUACUUCCUGGCUGAACUGAUAGAGGCCCAAGAUGAAGAGAAUCAUGCCAUCGUGUGUGAGGUGGAAGGUGUAGCUGUUGGGUUCAUGAGUGUGUGCUCAAGAGUGAACAUGCAACUCCUGCAUGAAUGCUUUGACCUGGGGCCCUUCCACGGACUCUGUACCCCACACCCUGAUGAUGUUCUGCAGCCACCGGAAGAGCAGAGCGUUAAAGGAAAUCAAGAUGCUGAGCUUGGUACUAGCAACCACAGUCCCCCGAAAAUAGUUGAGGAGCCACGGGAACCUGUUUCUCCACAGGCCAUGGAAGGCACUCAGGGGAGAAUCACAGAAGAAGCCACAGCUGAGGAACUUUUGUCAGCAGUCCACAGCGGAAACAGUAGUGAAAUGGAGGACAUAGAAAACCUCAGCCAGCAGUCCACUGUGUGUGAUACAGAUGGCCAUGUCAGCUGUCUGAGCUUGGCAUCCAUUUCACUGCCCAAGGAGACCAGCAACUUCCGCCCCAUCUACAAGGGAGCCUCAACUGCUUUUUGUAUUCAGCUCUUUUGUAUCGAGGAGAAAUAUGAAGCAAGGUCACUGGACUUUAUGAAUUUUGUUUUCAGUCUCUUCCCUGACAAGAACUUCUGCAUCAUUUCCCUGCCACACCUCACGCCUGAGUUUGCCCUCGUUCAGAACUUCGUGAAGAUUGUCCCCUUCAACAACUGUACGCUGGAGCAGGAUCUCUAUGUCUUCCAUCGGGCUGGACUGCUCAAGUCUAUUAAAAUAAGAUUAGCCACUUUGUUGGAUACUCCUGGUGUUGAAAAUCUUGUUAGCACGCUCAUGCUGAAAAAGAGUAUAUUGGAGGAUUUAAAGCAAUACAAUGAGGCUCGCAAAGACCAUGAUGGAACACCAAUGAAGGCAUUUGUAGCUGAAGUUGCAGAACAAAUAGUUGGCAUUGCAGUGAUCAGAGAUGAAAUGGAUGUAGAGUACAUACGAUCCCAUUACAACAUUGAAGAUUUCAUCUACUUCAGUCACCACCAGCGCGAAGAACAUGGGCACUUGUACCACUUUGCCCUGAAUCCUAUCUUUCGGCACUACACCAAGUUUUUCCUAAAGGAGAUCCUCCGUUUAGGCUUUAAGUCCUGUCUCUACUACCCUGUUUACCCGCAGGCCAGGGAAGGCAAGUUCCAGAACUCCUCUGCCCACUCCCUGACAUCCGCCCUUCAUUACUUGGUUCCCGUGCGGCCACGACGACAGAUUGUCUAUCCUCUGGAAAAGCUUGGCAUCAACGCUCCAUCAAAGGCGGUCUCCAAGGAUCCGUUGAGUUAUGCCCUGAACCAUACGAACAGAAAACUGACAUUGGAACCUAAAAUAACUGUCAAUGCCAAGAUUGUUGUGGUUGGUGCAUCCAAUGUUGGAAUUUCCUUCCUAGAGACAUUGGUAUUUUGCUCCCACCUGAAGUUUAGUAAUCUCACCCUGAUUUCAACCCAUGGACUCCCUGGAAAAAGGCUUCUGGGCACUGAACAAAGGAAAUUUUUAGCAAGCGACCACUGUUUUCAGGACAGAGAUUACGCGUUGAUGUCACUGUGCUCCUGGGUCAAUGUGGUGGUGGGUAGGAUGACUGCCAUAGACCGAGCAGCCAAGCACGUGGUGCUUUCCCAUGAGGAAAUUGUGCUCUACGACCAUCUCAUCCUUUGUACUGGGCAGCAGUACCAGGUCCCGUGCCCUACAGGGGCUGAUAUUAGUCAACACGUGACAAACAGAGAGAUUCCAAACAGCGGGAAGCAGAGAUACACUGAUAAAGUUCCUCGCAAUCAUUUCACUCUCAACGAUGAAGAAGAUUGCUAUAAGGCCCUGAGUUGGAUAAGGAACAACUCCAUCAUCACAGAAGGGAAUGUCAUUGUCUAUGGGAAUACAAUUGACACUUACACGACAGUGGAGACGCUCUUAAACAUCGGUGUGAGGGGCUCCUAUAUCCACCUGGUGCAGCCCCCGUCCACUUCCACCAUCACCUGCUUCAACAACUACUCCGUGGAGAGCGCGGUGCAGGACGCGCUCAGAGCCUCGGGGGUGACCAUUUACUGCGACGCGCUCCUGGCUCAGUGGAACGACGGCCGGUACCCGGACCCCAUUCACAGCGCCUGCUUCACCACGCCCACCAAGCCUUUCAGACUCCCGUGCUCUAUGUUCUUCAGCUUCUGUGAGAAGAAUGUGGAUUAUGAAACAUUUAAAGCACUGAAUGAUGCAUGUCUUGUCUAUGAUGGCCGACUUGUGAUUGAUACCAACUUCCACACCAAUGACAUAGCCAUCAGAGCUGCUGGCUCCCUCACCAAAUUCUCCAAUAAAUAUUACUCAAAUGAGUGGACUCAUAGCAACUUUAGUUCCAAAGAAAUUGGCUUCCAGCUGGCAGCAGCUAUGCUCACUCUCUUUGACCCAACCCUUGAACCUGUGACUGAGCCACCGGCUGAUCUUGACCGACUCAUCCCCAUGUACAAGGGAGCCAAGAUCCAAGGAGGCAUUCUUCCUGGGUCUUACCAUUAUCUGCAUAUUGCCAAACCUGCCAUUCCAACUCCCUUAGAGGUACAAAUGGCCCAGCCUAAUUUUGGUUUAGAAAUAGUAACUGGUAAUGCAAAAAAUGGGACUUACUUCCGGAUACAUAUCAACAAGUAUAAAAUGGUGGAAACCAUCACGUGCCUUUCGAAAGAGCCUUUCCCUGCCUCCAAUUACAUCCGCCUCUUUGGCCAGCAUGAGCAACUUCUCAACAACCUGUGUAAUCGGUACGAGGACAAGCUGAUCCCAGAUCUCUACAGCUACUUCAUGGAGCCAUGGUGCAUGGCCCUCUUUCACGAUCGUUUUAUUGAUCUAAGGAAAGAGUUACGCCAGAUCUUGACCUCCAAGGAGGAGGAAGACCUUCCCUCCAUAGAACAGUUAGCCCGGCAAAUAGAAGAUGAGAAAAUUAACCUGAAGGAGAAGCCCCGGAAUUAUCUCAAAAGAGUCUACCAGGAAACCAUCUACAAGUCAUUGGUGGAGAAGAGCAUUCUUGACUACCUGCACUAUAACCACUACCAUCUGCCCAUGUACGCGUGGCCAGGCAUCAUUUAGGGGUGGCCACGUCUCCACUUUGUUGUGUUCCCACGUGGAGUUCGGCGACGUGCUCGGUGUAAAAAGGAAACCUCUCUGAAGCCUGGCUUGACAACCAAGCACCACCGUGGUUUUGGGACUUCUUUUUCCACCUCCACAAACGCCUGUAGUUUUCUAUCGUUCCAGUAGGUGGCGCACAGCCGUGGGUCUCUAUUCUGGGGCAGGGAGAUGCUUUUGAACACCAGGCUAGUUCCGGUGCAGAAUAAUCCAUUUCAGCAAUAAAAUGGGAUACACUGUGCAAGA